ACGUAGACUGUCAUCACUAAUCCCAAUGUCACGCGUCAAAGCCCUACUUGUAAGCUUGCAAAUUUUCCAGAACUCGAGAUAUCAUGAAGCUCUCAAGAAAUGAGACUUUAGUCCUGACGUCUUUUCGUGUCGGUGUGAACUAUGAACAGACGUAGAAUUCACCGCUCUUUUCUCCGUCUCUUGGUUAGUUUUGGGUCGAUUACUCUGUUCUGUUCGCUUUUUGUUUUCUAUGGAAACUACCAUGUAAUUAAAGGCUUACACGAGACAAGGGACUCCUACAUCGGACUACCGCGAAGGAUUCCGAGCAGAGAAAAACACAGUUUGAGUAAUCCAUUAUCUCAGAGAGCCAUUAUAUUCUCGUCUAAAGACAAAAGGAGAGCGUUGCAGGGAUUUUUCGAGCUGAAAAAUGGAAGCCCUGAGCUUAAAAUAACUGACUUGACGACAGCAGUGCAGGCGAAUGUUUACAUUGGAUGUGAAGAUAUACGGGAAACAAAGAUUUUAGGAGAAGUAGGCCAUGGUUAUACUAAGUCUGUACAAAAAGGAUUCAUAAAAGAAGCAGAGGUUGCUGUCAARAGUGUCUUAGAAUCAAGCAAAGAUGUCCAACGCUGUCUUAACAGUGAAGUAAACUACACCAAAGCUGAAUGUUAUAACCUUAUCAAGUACAAGCUGGCAAAAGAAAUAUUACUCCUACAACAACUCAAACAUAUCAAUAUUAUAUCGCUUCUAGGGUUUUGUUGGCAAAAUGAAGUGAAUUCAAACAAUAUCAAAGAACGUGGUCUAACAAUGAUAACAGAAUUAGGUCAACCUAUCGAUGUACUUUCUUUGCUGCAGCUCCCAUGGCAAGAACGCCUAAGAAUUUGUUUGGGUCUAGCGCGACUCAUUCUUUACUUGGAACACUCUCCAGUUGGUUCCCUCAUCAUCCGAGACUUCAAACACAAUCAGUUUGUACUAGUCAGCGGCGAAAUUAAACUAACAGACUUGGACGAUCUCGACAACGAGGAACGCCCAUGCGUAUCGAGUGAACAAUGCAUUGUGGGUACACAGACAGUGAAUUGGACCGCGUUACCGUGCGUUAGCGGUAAAUGCCUUGGAUUCAACCCUGCAUUCAAUAUGUUUAAUAUACGGAGAUAUUUUCUAGAUCACAUUCUUGUGCCCGAAGCACCUGGAAAAGUGAGAAUUGAUUUACAAGAUAUUUUGAUUCAAGCACAGAAUUCGCGAUGGAGUAGUAGGUUGCUAGUGAAGCGCUUGGAAGAUGUUGUGAGGACACUCCGCACGGGAAACCAUAUGACUUUUGACCCUGCUGUUCAUACGCAUGACUAUAACAUCAUCCCAGAAGCUGAUUUUCCCGCGCUACACGACUACGCGUGCGGUGAAACACGAUCUAUGACGUCAUGCGAGUUGGCCGUGUAUAGUCUUGAGGAGGCUAAGUACGAGUGUAAUCAAGACCCACGAUGUAAAGCGUUUGUCGUGACGCGAUUUAAGACCUGGGUUGGUUUCACUAUCAUCUACCUCAAGAAUGACAGUACAGGAGUUCGCUACAGCAAGGAUACAUCGGUGUUCCUCAAGAUACAGCGGUGAUAGUCGGGGUGCAUUUGUUCUCAAGUAAUGAGAAUUGAUCGACACCUUUACGAGAAACCCGUACGUGGUUUGAGUACCGUGUGCAGUAGAGACACAAGUCGUUUUACAAAUGUAUAAGAAAGGAAUACAGAAAAAAGUUCAAAGAGAAAGUUUUUCCAAACAAAUCUUCAGAGACACCUUCACGAGAAACCCGUACAUGGUUUGAUCACCAUCUUCUUUUGCCAUGAUAUCAUCAAACUCUUCGGGAAGAGCAGAAAACUGAUACGUCUGCUCAUUCGAAAGCUCAGAAUACAGAAGAGAAAUUAUUUUCUAGCAAAUCUUCAGAGACACCUUUAACAUCAUAAAAAAAUGGUUUUUGUCGGGUCUAUUUGGACGAAAGGGCGUCUAAAAAACUAACAUCACGAAGAAUAAAUCCUUCAAAACGGUUUUUGUCGGGUCUAUUUGGAUGAAAGGGCAUCUACAAAACAAACAUCACAAAGAAUAAAUCCUUCAAAACGACAGGAUGUAAGAGAAGAAACAAAAAUACAUUUUAGAGUCAAAAAAACACUUGACUCUCGAUAAUCCGCAUAGAAAACCCUUAACGUGGUGAGACCUCUGAUCCCUCUCAAUGAGUUUGGCCGGAAUUGAACACUUGAUAAAMAUUUUGAGGAAUCCUGGAAUAAUCGAAAUAUCAAACCUAAGAUGUUCUCUUGAGUUUGAUUUUACGAUCAAGUGGCUUUAGAUUACUGGCAAUGUUAGUCAAAAUACCCUUGGUGUUAUUUUUAUAGCAGAAAGUAAGGAAUAAUCGAAAUACUGAGCGAAACCAAGAUAUUUUCUUGAGUUCGAUCUUACAAAGAAGUGGCCUGUAGAUUACUAGGAAUCUUAGUAAAAAUAGCCUUUUCAGAAUUCAUUUAUAAAAAAUAUGAAUGAUUAUCUUUAAGGUUAAUAAACAAGAAGCAUACACGCAAAACCAUACACGCAAAACCAUACGAAGAUUAGAAAUAUGAUUGUAUUUUUUUCAAGCAUUAAAUAACGAAGGGACGAACUAUAAUUUCUUUUUAAAAUAUACAUCCAAGAUGGCGGCUAUGACGUCAGAUAGGGUAAAGGCGUCGAGCAUUGAAAAGGUUUACUUGUAAUGAAUGGAAUGAAGGAUAGAAGAACGGGAAGUCCUUUUAGUGUCUAAGGGACAAUAGCAAUAGAGSAAAAUUGUACAAGGAAUAGAUUGUAGACUAAAUAAGAAACGAAAGAUAUAGUAAGGAAGAAUAGAAAGAAGUCUAGAAGAAGGCAUAGAGCAUUGAAGAGGUUUACUUGUAAUGAAUUGAAUGAAGGAUAAAAGAACGGGAAUUAUUGUCCAAGGGACAAUAACAAUAGAGCAAAAUUGUACAAGGAAUAGAUUGUAGACUAAAUAAGAAACGAAAGAUAUAGUAAGGAAGAACAGAAAGAAGUCUUCUGAUAACCUAAAAACGUACGCAUACAAACACUCAUUCAUUUACUUACAAAACAUGAAAAAUAAAUCUAGACUUCAA